GCGCGCACUGUUUACCGCGCGGUUCUGUGGCCGGCGAGCGUCGCAUUCACGUGUUUGUCGUGCGAAAUCGAGUUUUCCGGCGGCUGCCGUGCUGCAUUAACGUCCCAUGGUGAUUUCCUUCCAGUUUAUUGGUGCUAAUUUGUGCCGGAUAACGAAAACAUUCGGGGGCCCUGCCGUUCUAGCGUACUUUUGGCGCGGCUCAUAAAAAUUAUAGGUGUUUUCGGCGGAUGCGAUGAAUAAAUUCUGUAAAUCGAGUCUGUGUGUCGAAAAGGUUUGUGAGAGCUAUGUUUUGAUCGGCCGGCGUGCGGUGGAUGUGCCGGGUGUUGCGGACGCAGUCCGGCUUACGGUGCUCAUUUUGAUCUCUGUGAAACUGUGCAGGCUGUUUGUCUUGCGGGCCUUCGGACUCGAGGACAGUUUCGCCAAAAGCGCGAACAAGGACUUUUCGGAAAUAUUAUUCUUCGUGCCUGUAAUGUGCUAAGGUUAAACUACCAGUGAAACGAACGUUACCCGUGAAGACUUCUAGCUUAGAAGACUUAAGUGCCAUUCAAAUUACCAGAUUACCAGAAAAGUGAUAUAAUUUUAUCUAAUGAUAGAGUAUAACCGUGAUAUAUACAUAUAAAGAACUCUAGAUCUAGGUGCUAACACCAAUAGUUUUUAGUGUAAAACGUAACCAAAAAGAAACGAAACUGGCUCCGUACAAGGAUAUCAUGAACUCAUCGAGUAUGAGUUCCACAGUGCCAACUAUUAAGUGUGAGGAUACGUCCCCAUCGCCGUCGGCGCCAGUCGGCACCGAUGGCGAAUCAACGGCAAAUGGGGCGUAUAACUUGAGCGUAAACGUAAAUCUCAGUGCUGCUAUGAUCAACCUCCUGAGUGCUGAAACUCCGAACGCUACGACACUCAGGACGCCAGAAAUUGUCAACGAUGUAAUCACGAUGACCAAUCCUCUGGACCAGUACAAUUAUACAGAAAAAAAUUCCGGUUUCAAGAGUGGAAGCGGCGACUCAAAUUCCUCUGUCUCCAACGGUUCAUCGGCGACGUCACCAGCUUCUGGCACUCCACCAAGCAUACAAAAGACUUGCUCGGAAUUAAUAAAAGCUGGGUUGAAGCUGUCGAUUGAAUCCAAACGGAAGAUGUCGGGAAGUGAUACUGAUGUAGGAAUCAAACGGUUGAAAAAAGAAGAGAGCGAUGACGAUUAUGACAGUAGUCAUACACUAACAAAUAAAAAUGAAGGGUUAACACCAGAAGACGAAGAACGUAGAAGACGAAGAAGAGAACGGAAUAAAAUAGCAGCAACAAAAUGUAGACUCAAAAAACGAGAGCGGACGGUCAAUUUAGUGACUGAAAGUGAAGUAUUGGAAACGCAAAAUAUUGAAUUAAAGGCUCAGCUAAAGGACCUGGAAGUACAAAAGCGGCAGCUAGUUGACAUGCUGUCAUUACAUGCAUCCUCGUGUGUGAAAAACAACAACUCAAACACAAGACAGUCUCCGACGACACACUACAACAUGAUUCGGCCGUACGACUCACCUACCACAUUCCCAACCAACUUCGAGGCACAGUCGCCGUACAUCAGACCAGAGUCAGCAAACAUCCUCGCCUCCAGCUAUACCUGUGCAACACCGCUCAACGCCGAUUCUUCCAUAGACCCUAUACCUUCCCUGGACACUUUAUAUGUGAACCCACAAUUAACAGAUGUGGAUUACACGAGAUCUGACAGUGUUCUCAGUUUACCUCCCAAUUCCGAAAACAAUUUCGUUACCACUGAUGGUUUCUUACCCAAAUCUACUAACUUGCUCGUACCAAUUGAUUCAGAACAGGAGUACUAUGAGACAGAGGGGAACUAUAAUUUGACCACACCACAGUGCCACAGCUACAGCGGUACUGUUGUAGACGCACAAACUAAACUCAACAAUGGCCUUAAUGACAGAUGCCUUGUCUAGUAACGAUUACAUCCACGUUUUGUCGGGUCCAAAAUUUGUUUUGACAUGUGUAUACGUAUAAGUAAGCAUUGGUAUAAAAUUUAAUUCGAAAUAAAGUAUCACCGUUGAUUAAAAUUAACUUUCCGUUUGUUCAUGUUUUAAAUAUUACUGUGCUAAUAAGAAAAAAAGGAUAAAGGUAAAAUUCUUGAUAAUUUUUAAAGCAUUAAAUUAUAAAUGUGCCAGAAAGUUGCGGCGGGGAUUCAUUUCGAAACGAAAUCGUAUGUCUACUGUGUAGGACAACAGCGUAGAUUUAAUAGUAUCUGCAAUACAAAAUUUGGUGGAUAAUAAAUAACAGAGGGAAUCAGUGCCUAUAUCUAAAAUUGCAAAGCAAAAAUUAUCCAAAAUGCAGUGUUUAGGCGUAACAUUAAGUCUAUUGUUAUAUAUUACAUCUAUUGACUUAAAUUUCGUCUGAUAUUGCUAUAUUUUGAAAUAAUUUCAAAGGCCUUGGGGAGGUAAUAUCCCAUUACAUAAAAAGUGCAGUAGGUAGGUAUAAAAUCACAAUGUUUCACUUUAUUUAGAUGGUAAUGUCUAACAUAAAUUAAGUUUUAUUUUUUAAGUUCUAUAAUUUUGCUUUGGUCUGUACAAAAUAUUUCACGAUGUUUUUAAUUUGAGAUCUGAUUUUAUUUUAGUCGGUGCGAUGUUUGACUGAGACUCAAUAUGCGGAGAUUAUGAUAUAUAAUACCACUAGUCCCUAUUAUAUUGCGACCAUCAGCUAAAUAUUAGACAUUAUAAUUACCAAUACUUUACCAGAAUAGGAAUCUACUACAUAAUACCAUCAAAUAAUUUAUGACAAACACGUAUCGAAGUGGGACAUGACAAGACAUUUUAUAAAAAUAGGGACAUACAAAAUCGUCAUGUUAUUAAUAAUUAUUUCGUAUUUAUAUACUAUACAUAGUAACGUGUAUUUUAUAAUAUUCUCCAGUACAACAUAUAAUGGAUAAAAUACCUCCUGUUAAAAUUCCGAAGUUCUAUCUUAUGUUACAAAGAAAUAUAUCACAGGUUAUGUAUGUAGAUUAUGUAUAUUAUAUGGAUUUAAGGUGCUUUGACUCAGCGUAAGACGUGAUAUAUAGCAUAUUUAGGUGUUAAGAUUAAGUUUGUUAACAAUUCAAGUAUCUUUGAAAAUAUUUUUAUCGUUUAAUUGGGUCACGUAAACUAACAUAAAGAUUUAUACUCGUAUGUAUACUUGAAUAAAGUACAAAUACAUUAUAGUGGUCUAUUGAGGAAACUAUGGUGAAUAUUGAUUAAUACAUAUUUAUAAAAAUGUGCCCACAUUAAUUUUAUAAUUUUUUUUUUAAAUAAAAUUAAUUCAAGCGAUUAGCUUAACAAUAGAAUGCAAAUGAUGACACUAGGGCAUGAUAAAUUACAAAAUCUUUAUAUUUACAUAUUUUAGUAAUAAAUACCGAUUUUUAGACAACACAGUAUCAAAUUUAAAUUGGCUAUUACAUAUAACAGUUGCGCUAGCGCAAUCAGUAAUAAAUUUAAAAACAAUGAUGUACUUUUUGAAAGAGAUUACCGAUUAUAUCAAUGUAGUAUGAUGGUGUACAAUUAAGAUUGUAGUGUAAUCAGAUUCUUUUCUAAAUCUUAUGUAUAGUUAUGUGACCUUAUUAAUAUAUUUAGAUAUACUUAGAAUAUCGCUUUGGUCCAUUUUAUAACAUUUUUAAAAUCCAUGUAGAUAUUUAUUGAUUUAUGAUCAUUGUUUUACCGACAUAGGUAUAUUAUCUAAAGGUGCCUACCAUAAACAAGUUCUAAUUAUAAAGGAAAGAUUGAUCACAAUUUUGUUAUUCUGUUGAUAUUUUAUACACAUUUUAGGAUAAAUAUGUACUAUCUGUUAUCUGGGCUACUGUAUAUCGAGAAUCAAUAUAAUGAUUGCUACAAUUUACAAUACUAUAACGUUGUUUGGGUUCUCCAAAAAUCUUUUCCAUUUCAUAGAGCUAGUAACACAAAUAAAAAUUUUUAUUAAAAAUAUUUUUUAUUGUUUGUUAAUCUGAGAGAUUAAGUCUUUAAUGCUAUACCAUCAAAAACCAUUAUCAUAAGAUUUAGCAUAAUAACUGGAGUUGUACUAUUAUGUGAUUAUGUUAUGUACAUUGGUUUAUUUUCGGUUAAAGAUUUAAGACUGGUACCGUAAUGGAUUUUCAAUUGUUUUACAAAUUAAUGUUUGGUACGUUUAUCAAACAAGGAAAUAUGGACACACCUAUGUAGCUCAGAUAACUUAAAGGCCGCUCCGUUCUUAAUAAGAUAGUGCCUUGACCCUAGUCUGGCUGCGACAGCAGCGUAAAUGUCAGUCGUGUGAGCAUUUAUUUUUAUAUUGUUAUUAAAACAUUAAUUAUUGUGAUAAAAAAAAAAUAUUUUACUGUACACGUUUUACAUGAAUUUCAGACAUUGUUAUUUGUUGUUUAACAACUAGUGUUUAGUUUACGGUUUUGUUUUUGAAAAUGAGUAGGGGAUGGUCUUUGAUAGGACAAGAGUGAAAUAGCAGGCAAUUGGCUCGUCGUUUUAUUAGAAUGUCUUUGUCAUAGACAAAGUUUGCCGCGUAACCAUAUUACGCGGUAGCCAUAUUGAAUCGCAACCAUAGAUAUCUAAAUUAUCAUAAUGGCGACAUGAGUAACAAUAUCUAUGGUAAAUGGACUGUCGUCUCACUCUUAUCCCGUCACAGACCAUCCUCUAAAAUAACGAACUCGUGCAAUUAUGUUUAACAUGAUUUUUUUAAAUUGAGCAUGUUAUAAACUUUUAUUGUGAUCGAAGUUCAUUGUGUAAGUUUGUCUUUUUGUAGUUUGAACGUACCGUCGUUUUAAUCUUACGUACAAGAUUAACAUUAGAAGGUAUAGUUGUGAUUUAUAUUGUUUUAAGGAAGCUCGUUCUCACAUUUUUAAUAGAGGUUUGAAUUGAGUAUUGAUAGGUAAAUGAGUAUAUAAUAUAUUAGAAUCUUUCAAUACUACAAGUAUUUUAAUCAAAUUGCCUAAGUUCUUUAGCUCUUCUCUCUAUUACCGGUAACAAUGCGGAAGUUUUUAUCAAUAAUUCAAACAUAUUUAACAGCUAUUAUGGGAGCAUAUUUUUUUUUUUAUAAAUAAUUUGUAUUAUUUAAAAAAAAUUCGAAAGAUUUUGGAAAAUUUACCUACUUAUUUCAAAAUACUCCAAUUCAAACUUCUUGUUUUAGAUUACUUCAAUAAUGUAAGUGUAAUGACAUUUUUGGUUAUAUUUUAUAUUAACGUCAGUUAAUAUUACAACUCGUUAACAAUGUUGUUAUGUAUUAAGAUAUUACUUAUCGUGUAUUUACUUUUAAUUCAUAUGUAAAAAAUGACAAUUCUUAAUAUAAUUUUAAAAGUAACAUUUGGGAUUGCAAUAAAAUGGGAUUUGGUAGUUAACUUGUCUGGAUAUAUUUUAUCUAUUUGUGUCGUGAACUUUUAGCGUAACUAGCAUUUAACAUGUUAGGAGUUAUUUAUAGGUGAUAAUCACCCUUUCCAUCUGUUGUCUUCAAACAUUUUGACAAAUGGUAUAAUAUUUAUCACGUAGUUACAAUAACUUAUAAGUACAUUCCACCAUAAAGGUUCGAUCAUAUAAAAAAUAUACAGCAAUAUUAUUUUUAUUCGUAAAUAUGUUUACGCUACCCCAUGGAGGAGAUUAACAAGCUGGACUUUGCUCUUCGGUUCUAUCUUAUGCAUAUGUUAGUGUAAACCUAUUUACAAUUUGUUGACUCUUAUUUAGAUCUAGCCAGUGAGUCAUGGACAUUUCACUGAUCCCAAAUGUAUAAUUUUAUAAUGAUUAAUUAUUGUUAAAUAUUUAUAUAAAAAUUGUAACCAUUGUACAGGUCUGUCUGUUCUUCUUUAAUCUGUUCUUUUUUCUUUCUAUUUAAUUAUUAACAUAUACCUAUCUUUUUACUAAAAUUAAUCAUUUAAAAAUAUUGCAGACAACAGAAUCCACCAUUGUACAUAAUAAAUUAACACAAAACUUAAAAAUUAUAUAAUAAUAUAUAUUAAAAUAAAUGGUAUAGCCAUUUAUCGAUGAUAAUAUAUAUUGGCAUACAAUAUUAUUAACUAAAUAAUUUAUCGCCAAACGAGAGAAAACAGAACAGAUUUAAUAACAAACAAAUUACGUAUGAAAACAAAUUUCUUAAUAUCGUAUUUGGCUGAAUAAGUAUAAAAUUUAAUACCUUUUUAUAUGUAAGUUAUAGCGUAUACUGUUAAUGUAACUUUUAAGCCAUUUCUAAGUGGAUUACAUUGAAAGCUAUAUACUAAUGCUUAAUUGCGAUAAUGUCUUGAAUAUUUUUGUCACAAAGAAUUUAUAUCGUCUAAAUGUUUAACAUUGUUAUACAGUGAGCUUAUAGAUUUUAGAUUUAUUGUAUGAAAUUUUAAAGUAUAAUGUCAUUGGAUAAUUGUUAUAUAACGUGUGUACGUUUACAUUUUGAGCGUAAUGAACAUCACUUGUACCUGCUUCGUGACUAAUGUAUAAAUAUUUUGACAGUCAAAGCAAAAUUAUUGCGCUUAUCUAUUAGAUGAAAUAAAUCAUUAUAUUGCAUAUAAA